AUGGCUAGCAUUUUAUUUCUCCCUCUACUAUUGUGCAUCUGUUUCCUGAGCUUCACCACAGCCCAGACCAAGAAGCAUGUAUCAACUGAUCUAUUCAACUCCCUGGAAGAGUUAUCCCGACUAGUGGAUAUUUCAUACUGCGUUGGAACAACAGGAGUACAUCAACCAUUCCAGUGUCUCAGCCGCUGCAUAGAUUUCCCAGAUCUAGAACUAGUAACUACCUGGAACACAGGCGUCCUCCUCUCCGACUCAUGCGGCUACAUAGCCCUCUCCCACACCCCCACCGCCAAACAAAUAAUCAUCGCCUUCCGCGGCACUUACUCAAUAACAAACACAAUAAUCGACCUCUCCGCCUAUCCCCAAACCUACAUCCCCUACCCAGACCCAGACGAAAACACCACAACCACAACCCCAAUCCCCGCAAGCCCGCACUGCGAAAACUGCACCGUCCACGCGGGCUUCCUACGCUCAUGGCUCCACACUCGAACAGAAAUACUCCCCGUCAUCUCCGUCCUACGCCAAAAGUACCCAGAUUACGCCAUAACGCUAGUAGGCCAUUCCCUCGGCGGUGCUAUCGCCGCACUAGCAGGACUAGAGAUGCGUCUGAAGGGCUGGGAUGCAACAGUGACGACGUUCGGGGAACCGAUGAUCGGGAACGCGGCGUUCGCGGCAUUCCUCGACGAACAGUUCGGACUCGGGGAUGCCGUAUCGAUUCCACCGCUACAGGGGGGUCAGCGGUUCCGUCGUGUCACGCAUAUCGGGGAUCCGGUUCCUAUGUUGCCGCUUGCUGAGUGGGGAUAUCGACCUCAUUCUGGGGAGGUUUUUAUUAUGAGGGGGAGUUGCCGCCGCGGAGAGAGGAUGUGGUUCAUUGUUCUGGUGUGGAGGAUGCUGGGUGUAUUGCGGGUGAUGGGGGUGAGGGGGUUUUGGUUGAGUUGUAUCGGGAUUUGA